CCCCGCCACGUCUCCUCCCUAGAAGUUUCUCGAAAAAACUGAGACGAAGCUUCUGGAAGAAGCGCGAUCAUGAGAAAGAGGAAAAUGGCAAGGUAAUGGUGAAGGAUAUUGUGCGGCUGGGUUCUUUUGAUGAAGAGACGGUGGAGCGAAGCUCUUUGUUUUACCCUUCGCCUGUUGUUAGUAGAUGUGGUAGCUCGUCGGACUUCCUCUUCUCCACCGCCGCAACCUCUGAGUUGUUCGUGGACGGGAAGGAUUCGAUGCCCAUAAGCCCGAGAACUGAGAAGGGGGUUUUCGUAGGCCCCGGCGAAGAAUCUCGCCGGCCGUCCACCGGAUGCCAGGAGCCAGAGGAGCAGGAAAUUUGUGGCAAAGUAGGCAUGGAUUGCCCUUUCGAAGAGGAAAAGGAACAGCUCAGCCCCGUGUCCGUUAUGGAUUUCCCGUAUCAAGACGAGGACGAAGACGAGGCAGUAGUGGAGCAGCCUUCGGCCAUCUCACCUUGUUUUGAACAGAGCCUCAUCAACAUUGAGAGGACGAAGAAUCAACUCCUUCAGAUGAUCCGACGGUUUGAAACCCUCGCUAAUCUGGAACCCGUGGACCUGGACCACAGUUUUGCGUGCACGGAGGCCUCUGCGAAGACAACCGUACACGUGGAAACAGACGAGGAAGAAGACGGAAACGAGAACGAAGCGCGGCGGCGGCGGCGGCGGAGAACGGCUUUAGCUUUCCUCCGCCGGAUCACCGACAACAGUUCUCUUCCGCCGUGCGGCGAGAAGCUUUUAUUCGACUUCUUCGUGGAGGGUCUCUCUUUUGACGAGGACUGUCGGCGGGGAAAGAAGAGAGGAUGCGCCGGCAAUGAAGACCUGCUACAGUUGGCCAGCGAUUGGGUGGCCGGUGGAGGAAGCGUGACGGAGAAGGACGGUGACGUGGCGGUUAGGGAGAUGGAACGGUGCGGUAAAGGAUGGAACUGCUUCGACGAGGAAGAGGAGACCGUGGCCGUGGAGAUGACCGGCGGUGUGGUGGCGUGGCUAAUGGACGAGCUGGUGGAUGACCUGCUCGUGUCGGUGGCGUGAUUAAUUGUGAAUUAAUUAGGCCAUCAAUCGAAGACCUCUCUCGUUUGAUGGGAUUAAUUAAUUUAAUUUUCUGUAAUGAUAAAAUGAAAGAGUAAUGCAUAUUAAUCUCCAACUAAAUUUACAUUUUAAAAAUUAUAUUAGUGUAUUUGUAAAUCCUUUAUGAACCAAAUGGAUAA